GUAACAUAUAAGAGACGUAAUGGAAAAAUCUCAGUCACUUCAAUCUACUCUCAACCCCCGGAUCUCCAGUAAACUCACUGCGCUGAAGCACCGAACACACGCCAGAAGACCGACCGAGGAGUAAUGGAGCAGAUCACCAUGUAGACAGCAUCCGUCGGGAAGCAGGUAAAAUGGGAAACCACAUACGGAGAGCUGUCGGUCUGCAGCCGUGGUGAGCGCAGACGUGCUCAGGACCUCAGCCGGGAUCUCACGGAUGGCUGUCGCGUAACGCAGAGGAGCCUCUUGUCAACUGCGGACAGCGGACAGGAUCUGUUUUCUUCAUCCUCCUCUCUCACCUCCUGUUCUCUCUUGCGUUACUCUUGUUUUUUUUAGACACCUGUUCUCCAGCUGCACCAGGGACUCCUUCACUGCCCCGUGUGGCAUUUUCUCUAUUUUUCCCAUCCGCUUUAAAGAAAAGCUACCAAGCAAUACUCAGUCACCAUGGGUGACAUGACAAAUAGCGAUUUUUACACCAAGAACCAAAGAAAUGACAGCAACCAUGAAGGGGGAUUUGGAUGCUCGCUCAUGGAGCUGCGUUCCCUCAUGGAGCUCAGAGGAACGGAGGCGGUGGUCAGAAUUCAGGAGGACUACGGAAGUACUGAGGGACUGUGCCAGAGGCUGAAAACCUCGCCGACAGAGGGUUUGGAUGGAGUUGCCACAGAUCUAGAUAAAAGAAGAGAAGUCUUCGGGCAAAAUCUUAUACCCCCAAAGAAGCCAAAAACUUUUUUACAGUUAGUGUGGGAAGCAUUACAAGAUGUGACUCUCAUUAUCCUGGAGAUUGCAGCGCUGAUCUCUCUGGGACUGUCCUUUUAUCAGCCUCCUGGAGAGGGCAGCGAGUCCUGUGGGACGGCGAAUGCGGGUGCGGAGGAUGAAGGGGAAGCGGAGGCUGGUUGGAUCGAGGGGGCAGCUAUCUUACUCUCAGUGGUCUGUGUUGUUCUGGUCACAGCCUUCAACGACUGGAGCAAGGAGAAACAGUUCAGGGGUUUACAGAGCCGCAUCGAACAGGAACAGAAAUUCCAGGUGGUGCGAGGAGGGCAGGUCAUCCAACUUCCUGUGGCAGAUAUUUUGGUUGGCGAUAUUGCACAAAUCAAGUAUGGUGACCUGCUUCCAGCUGAUGGGAUCUUGAUACAAGGCAAUGAUCUGAAGAUUGAUGAGAGUUCUCUGACAGGGGAAUCUGACCAUGUGCGCAAAGCUGCAGAUAAAGACCCCAUGCUUCUCUCUGGCACCCAUGUGAUGGAGGGCUCGGGUCGAAUGCUGGUCACGGCUGUUGGAGUGAACUCUCAGACUGGGAUCAUCUUCACUUUGCUCGGUGCUGGAGGAGAGGAGGAAGAGAAAAAAGAGAAGAAAGGUCAGGCUCUGGAGGAUGGCCAUCAGCUGGCAGACUGCUCCCAUCCCUCCUCACACCCCAUCGCAACUAUAGCUACCGAUGGUGCCGCAAGUGCAAAUGCCUCUGGUAAUACCAGCCUAGUCAAUGGUAAAAUGCAGGAUGGAAAUAUGGAGAACAACCAGACCAAAGUGAAGAAGCAGGACGGUGCUGCAGCAAUGGAGAUGCAGCCCUUGAAGAGCGCAGAGGGUGGAGAGGCCGAUGACAAAGAGAAGAAGAAAGCCAGUGUCUCCAAGAAAGAGAAAUCUGUUCUGCAGGGAAAACUGACCAAGCUGGCCGUGCAGAUCGGCAAAGCUGGUCUGGUGAUGUCUGCCAUUACAGUCAUCAUCCUGGUGCUUUACUUUGCAAUCGAUAACUUUGUGGUUCUGAAGAGGCCAUGGCUGCCGGAGUGUUCACCGAUCUACAUUCAGUAUUUUGUCAAAUUCUUCAUCAUUGGUGUUACAGUGCUGGUGGUGGCCGUUCCUGAAGGCCUUCCGCUGGCUGUCACCAUCUCUCUGGCCUACUCAGUGAAGAAAAUGAUGAAGGAUAACAAUUUGGUACGCCAUCUGGAUGCUUGUGAGACCAUGGGCAAUGCCACAGCUAUCUGCUCAGACAAGACUGGCACACUGACUACAAACCGGAUGACAGCAGUGCAGUGCUAUGUGGGCGAUGUCCAUUACAAGGUGAUACCAGACCCCAGCUCCAUCCCACCCAAAACUCUGGAUAUACUGGUCAACGCUAUAUCCCUCAACAGCGCCUACACUACUAAAAUACUGCCUCCAGAUAAGGAAGGAGGUCUUCCCAAACAAGUGGGCAACAAAACCGAGUGUGGCCUGCUUGGUCUGGUCCUGGACCUGAAACGAGACUACCAGACCAUCCGGAACCAGAUCCCAGAGGAGAAACUCUACAAGGUGUACACCUUCAACUCCGUGCGGAAGUCCAUGAGCACCGUCAUCAAGCAUCCAGACGGCAGCUUCAGAAUGUACAGCAAAGGAGCGUCUGAAAUCGUCCUUAAAAAGUGUACCCGUAUUCUGAAUGAGACGGGGGAAGAGCGCGUCUUCAGACCAAGGGACAGAGACGAGAUGGUGAAGAAAGUAAUCGAACCCAUGGCCUGCAACGGGCUCAGAACCAUCUGCGUGGCCUACCGUGACUUUCCUGCAGACCCGGAGCCCAACUGGGACGACGAGAACAACAUUUUGACUGAGCUGACCGCAAUAUGUGUUGUUGGAAUUGAGGAUCCUGUCAGACCCGAGGUGCCCGACGCCAUCAAGAAAUGCCAGCGUGCUGGAAUCACUGUUCGUAUGGUGACCGGAGACAACAUCAACACGGCACGAGCCAUCGCUAUCAAAUGUGGCAUCAUCCACCCUGGAGAAGACUUCCUGUGCAUCGACGGGAAGGAGUUCAACAGGAGGAUCAGGAAUGAGAAGGGAGAGGUUGAGCAGGAGCGCAUUGAUAAAGUGUGGCCUAAACUGCGAGUGCUUGCCAGAUCCUCACCGACGGACAAACACACGCUGGUCAAAGGUAUUAUUGACAGCACUAUGGGGGACCAGCGGCAGGUGGUUGCUGUAACUGGUGAUGGGACCAACGACGGACCGGCCCUCAAGAAGGCAGAUGUGGGCUUUGCCAUGGGAAUCGCAGGGACAGAUGUGGCCAAAGAGGCGUCUGACAUCAUCCUGACGGAUGAUAACUUCUCCAGCAUCGUGAAGGCCGUGAUGUGGGGACGCAACGUCUACGACAGCAUCUCGAAGUUCCUUCAGUUCCAGCUGACCGUUAACGUGGUGGCUGUGAUCGUUGCCUUUACUGGAGCCUGUAUCACACAGGAUUCUCCUCUGAAAGCUGUGCAGAUGUUGUGGGUAAACCUGAUCAUGGACACGUUUGCAUCUCUGGCUCUGGCCACCGAACCUCCCACUGAGUCCCUGUUGAUGAGGAAACCCUAUGGCCGAAACAAACCCCUGAUCUCCAGCACCAUGACUAAGAACAUCCUGGGCCAUGGCGUCUACCAACUCAUCAUCAUCUUCACACUGCUGUUUGUGGGCGAGCAGAUCUUUGACAUCGACAGUGGCAGGCACGCACCGCUGCAUUCUCCUCCAUCUGAGCACUACACCAUCAUCUUCAACACCUUCGUCAUGAUGCAGCUCUUCAACGAGAUCAACGCACGCAAGAUCCAUGGAGAGAGGAAUGUGUUUGAUGGCAUUUUCAGAAAUCCUAUCUUCUGCUCCAUUGUUCUGGGCACUUUCGCCAUUCAGAUCGUGAUUGUUCAGUUUGGAGGAAAACCGUUCAGUUGUUCUCCUCUGGACCUGGAUAAGUGGAUGUGGUGUGUGUUCCUGGGGUUGGGAGAACUGGUCUGGGGACAGGUUAUCUCAACAAUCCCAAACAGCAAGCUGAGGUUCCUCAGAGGAGCUGGUCAGCUGUCGAAGAAGGAUGAAAUGCCCGAGGAGGAGAUGAACGAGGACCAGGAGGAGAUCGAUCACGCUGAGAGAGAGUUGCGGCGAGGGCAGAUCCUCUGGUUCAGAGGCCUCAACAGAAUCCAGACUCAGAUCGAGGUAGUGAACACGUUCAAGAGCGGGACUUCCUUUCAGGGGGCUCUGAGACGCCAGUCCUCCACCACCAGUCAAAAUCAGGAUAUACGUGUUGUGAACGCAUUUCGUAGCUCCCUCUACGAAGGCUUGGAAAAACCUGAAUCCAGAACCUCCAUCCACAAUUUCAUGACUCAUCCAGAGUUUAGAAUAGAGGACUCCACACCUCACAUUCCUCUCAUUGACGACACCGACAUUGAUGACGAGGCAGCCAGGAAGAACUCCAGUCAGCCCUCAUCUCCCAACAAGAACAACAACGCCAUCGACAGCGGCAUAAACCUGACGACUGACACGAGUAAAUCUGCAGCUUCCUCCAGUCCCGGGAGCCCGCUUCAUAGUCUGGAAACAUCACUUUAGCCACCUCAUGUGGGAGACCGCUCAAAAAUCAUCUUGGACUCUACAUUUAAAAGCGCUCCGGAGUGCACACGAACGUGGAUCGUGUACUGUUGACUGUAUGUGUGGUAGCGCCACAUUCUUUUAUCGAACGCAUGAAUGACGACUGACUCGGACGAUCGCGGAGCGUCUCGAGAAACAAUACAAGAGCGCAAGCGCAACGCUCCCACAUCCUGAGGAAACAACAGACUAUUAUGAGUAAUUUAAAUCGAUUUCAGCUAUUAUCGUUGCUCCUGCAUGAAUGUACAUUAGCCAGGUUUUUAUUUGGAAACCUUAAUUUUAUUUAAACGGUUUUGAUUUGAUUUGAUGGGAUGUGCGGUGGACUGCUAUUUUAAGACAGCUUCUCUGAUUCACUGAUCUGUGAGUAUUGUGUGUGGCAUGUAUCUAAUUGUAUAGAUUUAUUUGGUUAUUGAUUAAGGUGUAUCCAGGUUGCAGGACUCCGAACUUGCACAAUAGAUUUGCACCUGUUGGAAAAAGAGAUCCCAUGGAAAUUUAUUAAGCGUACAUAUAUAUUUAUAGACAUAUUAUAAAUAUAUAUUUACAGAGUUUAACUUUAUUUGUUGGCAUGUUGCCUUGUUCUGCUUCAAUAACUACUUUAACUUAUUUAUGUCCUAAAGAGAAUGUAAUUUGUUUACAAACCUGUAGAUAUGUCCUGGUUUCUUUGUAGGGUUUAAAACUUCUUUGUAGGGUUCAAAACCACACAGCAGACAUAGUUGGAACAGCUCACGUUGUUCAGUACUCCUGUAAUAUUCGACUUUAGAUGUAUUAUUUCCAAUUGUGUGCUGGACUUGACUGCUAUUUUGUCAAAUAAUGUAGAUAUUUUUAGAAGAUAACAAAAGAAACCGUAAUAUAGUGGGAUAUAUCAUUCACGUGGCAUCGAAGUAUUAAACAAGUGUCGGGAUCAAUUGCUCUGAGCCCCCCGAAAAUAUACAAUCGGUUUGGCUAGCUUCGAAGGUUUUGGCGAUGAACUUGUGGUCUGCCUCAAAUGUGAGCAGAUAUAUCAGGUUGAAUUUAAAUAUCUUCUUUAGAAGUACAUACUAUUUAAAAUAAAAUAGUUUCAGUUCUGUGUGACCAUAAGAAGCUGCGAUGGGUUUUAUGUUGGAAACAUGUAAACUAAGUUAUAUUUGGCAUCUCUGUAUGGAAAUCAAAAUUGUGUUCAAAUAUUGUGAUUUAUUGUGUUGAUUCUUCUUUUUGACAUUUAAUUUGUAUAUUUCUUUUGGUUAAAGGAAAUGGACCCAGCUGCUGAGCUGACGACACUUUGAACAACUGAAUUAUGUCAUGUAACGAUACAAAAAUAAGGAAUGUUGCUUUUGCCUCUUUUCUUAAAAAAAAAAGAAAAAAAAAGAAAAACCCAAACCAACAACAACAACAAAAAAUAUAUCUAUAUAUCUAUAUAUAAAUUUAUAAUCCUUUUCUGCACUAUCAGGAUAUGAAUGAAUUUCUGUGGUGUAAAUUUAGAUGUGCUUCUGUGUUCAAAUCAAGCUUGUCUUCCUGCAGUCAGUAAAUAUACUCUAGCAUCUCAACAGUAUUCACUAGUCGAUAACUAUUUAUUGUACUCUAGAAGCGAAAGGACAAAUGGGGGUCUGUUGGAAGGCACACUUAUGAAGUCACCCAUGUUAUUCAUUGAUAUUCUUUGGAAUUUGAAAGGCAUGAUGUCAUACACUUAAUAUGCAACUCAUUUUUCUCCAUAUCUUAAAUUGAAAAGUUGUUGACAAUUUUACUAAUCGAGAUAAGGUGCACAAGCUUUAACUGUUAGCUCAGGCAUACUCAACUAGAGAAAUAUAGAUGAAAAA